UCUCCUCUAACACUAUGGGGUUAAUCACAGGAGUGCUUGCCUUCUUGUAUCAUCUACCGCAGAUUUACAAAUGGCUGCUGAAACCUUACUACAUCGUGUCGUUCCUUUUAACCGUCGCUUUCUUAGUGGUCAGGAAGGCUCCAGGACUGUGUGAACACCUGGCGACCGACCGGGAGGACGGCAACUCCUGCGACUUCGACUGGAGAGAAGUGGAGAUACUCAUGUUUCUGAGUGCGAUUGUGAUGAUGAAGAAUAGAAGAGCCAUAACACUGGAGCAGCACAUAGGCAACUUGUUCAUGUUCAGCAAAGUGGCCAAUGCGAUCCUCUUCUUCAGGCUGGACAUUCGGCUUGGCAUUCUCUACCUUGCACUGUGUGUAGCAUUUGUCAUGACAUGCAAGCCUCCUCUCUACAUGGGCCCAGAGUACAUAAAGUACUUCAGUGACAAAACCAUAGAUGAGGAGCUGCAGAAGGACGGUCGAGUCACUUGGAUUGUUGAGUUUUACGCCAACUGGUCGUCUGACUGCCAGUCCUUUGCUCCCAUCUUUGCCAAUCUUUCUCUUAAAUACAACUGCGCUGGACUCAGGUUUGGAAAGGUGGACAUUGGUCGCUAUGGAGAGGUUUCACAAAGGUACAAGGUGAGCACAUCUCCUCUGGCUAAGCAGCUGCCAUCACUGCUGCUUUUUCAAGGAGGACGGGAAGUUAUGAGACGUCCAAUGGUGGACAACAAAGGGAGAGCUGUGUCUUGGACCUUUAAUGAGGAGAAUAUUAUUCGAGAGUUCAACCUGAAUGAGCUUUUCCAAAAGUCCAAGAAGCUGAACAAGAAGCAGAACGGUUUUCAGACAGAAGAUGGCAGCGAAGAGCUUCAGCAGGAAACCGAAGUGGAACAGUCAACAGAAAGCAAAAAAGACCAAUGAAGAAUCCAGAAAGUAACAGGAUCAGAUCAGUUUGGGUUUUUUUUUUCUGGUGUUGCAUUUUGGUUAAACUUAAAGAAAAAAAAAAAGAAUGGAGUACUGAAAGCUGGUUCAUGUAUCAGACUCUUCAGAAUCAAAGCCCAAAAACACUGGAACAUGAACAAAGUCUUACUGCUCCAUGUUUGAACAAAAACCAAGCAGAAGUUUAAGUUAUUUAGGUAGACAUUUUUAGGAUUUUUUUCUUAAUUUUUAAAGAACUGAGUUUAACUUCACAGCUGCAUGUGAAUGUCUGCUAACUGUGUUUGUUACCGUCUGUUUACUUUACCAAAGUAAAAACAUGUUCAAAAAACCAA